AUGAACAUAGACUCUAUUUCAAGUAUAACACCAUCUAAGGUGAACUGGUGUCUAAAGCUGAAAAUUGUUCGUCAGUGGAGGUUAACACAUCGAGGGUUACCAAAGUCCAUUGAGAUGGUUUUCAUGGACGAACACGGAGACAAAAUUCACAAUGUAAUUGGAGUCCUAACAAAAAUUGGAGGACUUGAAGAAUUUACUGUGAAUGGAAAAGUGGUGAAGCUGGUUAGAUUUGACCUUUCUGCGGUAAGGACCAAAAUCGAAUGUGUAUUGAUUGCACACUUUGUAGACGAAUACAUUGAUUUCGUCUCUACUGGUCAUGCAUUGGGUGUGGUUGUUUUGAUCCAGCUUUGCAGAGUCAAGACUCGACCAGCUCAGCUGGCAAAUCAUCGGUUGGUUCUGUUCCCUUUUUUCAGUGCAUUUGUGAGUUUGAAGUUUGAGCGUAGUAUUGUUCAAACCCUAACUGUAACAGCUCUUUCAACCAUGGGCCAUGCAAAGAUAUCUCAUGCAUCACAAAAUGCGGAAGCUAGAGCAAGAAGGAAACUAAUACUUUCAAAUAAAAGAUCAUCUACAACAACAUCUAAAAUGAAUACCACUCAAGCAUCAUUGCCUAAUUCAGCUGAAGUAUCCCCAUUCAGUAAAAGGACGCAAACUACAAAUAUUCCUUAUCCAAUGUCUUCGACGGAAGCGAGGGCAAAUAGGAAAUCAAUUAUGAAAAGGAAAAGGGCUUACAACAAAACUGACGAGUUGCAGUAA